UACACGUGUGUAACACAUGAUGAAAUAAGCAUUCAAGUGGCGCAGUAACUUUUUCAAACUAAUUCUUGCAUUAUUUGUCGAUUACACCUAGCAUUUAAUUGCUUCAUAAUCAUGGUUAUAUUUCGAAGUAUAACAGUGGACAAAUACAAAAACGUAUAUAUGACGUUUCACCUGUUAUAUGCAUUUCAUCGGACAUCUUUUGGGAAAUGUUUAAUCGCUAUAACUGACACCGAUGAAGAUGUAACUUAUUUAGGAUUCGACGAAGACGAGAGUGAAGCUCUGAAAAUUCUAAAGCUGAAAUGGCCGAUGACUAAAAUAUUAGAAGAUACCGAAAGCAAAACGAAAGCUAUCAUUGAGAAAAUUUUUCAUCCUGAUACAUCUCAUCUGCAUUCUAUUCGUGUCCUAAUGAAAGGUACAGAAUUCCAAAUCAAAGUAUGGAGAUCUUUGAUAAGUAUCCCUAACAAAACAAUCACUACAUAUGAAAAGAUUGCACAAGACAUAGGUAAUCCUAAAGCUGCAAUAGCAGUGGGAUCUGCAAUUUCUAAGAAUUAUAUCGCAUAUAUUGUACCAUGUCACCGUGUGAAAGGAAAGAAUGGUAGCAAUAAUUAUUCCUGGGGAGUAGAACGGAAAGAAGCUAUGCUGGAAUAUGAAAGACAAGUAUCAUAUGAAAAGAAAGAAUGGGGUCAACAAUAAAUAUGCUUGGGAAGUAAAGUGGAAGAAAGCUAUCCUGGAAACUAACACAUAUAGUAUAAUAUUACAAAUAUCUAAUUAUUUUAUACGCUCAUAUAUACAUUAACAUAUAU